GCCAAAAGGUUGUCUCAAAUCCAAGAGGGUUAAAAGUUCCUUAGAGCAACCUAGUGUUAAAACUCAAUAUAAAUGCAAAUUAUAUAAACAAAGAGGACAUAACAGCAAGACUUGUAAAGAGCAAGAACAAUUAAAUACUAAUGCUAAUAAGAGAAUAUCGAUGAUAAAAGCUAAGAGGAAUGAUAUUGAAGGCAAAAAUUUAAAGGUUUUAUAUAUCUAA